CCAGCACUUUCGAUGAACUUCGAAUUCUCGUUAUUUCCCAGCUGUUGGUAUAUAAAUACGGCUGUUUCGUACGUUGUUAGUCAUUUUGUGCAUCCAGAGAAGCAAAGAAAGUCUAGUGAGUGAUAUUACUGACGAACCACGACCACUUUCAACCGUGACAUUUUCAGAAACGAUUGGGCCUGAAAUAUUAAGAGAGCUGUUCCAUUAGAUACGAUCACAACGAUUUGCUGACUCGACUACGCCCAGGAAUUCAUUGCAGAAUACUAACUAUUAACUACGAUUACCAAAUAUUAUCUUCUAUAUAACUAUUAACACUCGAUGAUGACAAAAGACUACUACAAAACGCUAGGUAUAUCUAAAGAUGCCAGCGAUGAUGCCAUCAAGAAGGCUUACCGUAAAAUGGCGCUCAAGUUUCAUCCUGACAAAAAUAAGUCUCCGGGAGCAGAAGAGAAGUUCAAAGAAAUCGCAGAAGCAUAUGAAGUACUAAGUGACAAGAAAAAGAGAGAAGUUUAUGACCAGUAUGGGGAGAAUGGACUGAAGGGUGGUGUACCUGGAGCAUCAAGUAACGAAAAUUUCUCGUACACGUUCAGCGGCGAUCCGUGGGCGACCUUCGAAACUUUUUUUGGCGGAUCGAACCCGUUUGAAGAGAUGUUCAGUGGAAUGGGGUCGGGGAUGGGCAGACAAGAGAUGAGAAUGGGCCCUGGAAUGGGAGGACCGUUUGGAGUUAGUGGCUUUUCCACAGUGGGCGGAGAGCCCAUGGACGUUAGCGACGGUAUGGGAUUCAAUAUGGGUAAUUUUCACCAACCAGGCAGAUCAAAGCAAGACCCAGCAGUUCACCACAACCUUAACGUGUCUCUUGAAGAUAUCUGUAAGGGGUGUACGAAAAAGAUGAAAAUUUCCAGAAAGGUGCUAAAUGCAGACAACCGAACAACGAGAAUGGAAGAUAAAUUGCUGGAAAUUCAAGUCAAACCCGGUUGGAAAGAAGGAACAAAAAUAACUUUCCCCAAAGAAGGGGACCAGCAUCCGAACAGGAUACCUGCGGACAUUGUCUUCACAAUAAAAGACAAACCUCACCAAAUAUUCAAGCGAGAUGGUAGUAACUUACUGUAUACAGCAAAAAUAACUCUGAAAGAGGCUCUGUGUGGAACAACAAUAAAGAUCCCAGCCCUUGAUGGUAGGAGUCUUCGGUUACCCGUACAAGAAGUCAUUAAACCAAAAACGAAAAGAAGAAUCUCUGGCGAAGGACUCCCCUUUCCUAAACAGCCAACUAGACGAGGUGAUUUGAUAGUGGACUUUGAUAUCAAAUUUCCUGAUCAUCUCUCGGACAAUGUCAAAGCGAGACUGUCGGAAUGUUUACCCAAUUGAUUUAUUUCACCACAUGUUUUUGUCUUCGACAAAUCUUAAUUCAAAAUCAAGAAAGUAUUAUUUUUUGCUGUGGGUAUGAGAAAUGAACUUUCACAGUUACUGAUGCAUAGCUAUAAGAGUACUACAUUGUUACAUGCCAAACUGACUUGUUUCAGUAUGCAAGUAUUAGGAGACGAAAUUUAAAUGUUAAUUACAUUUUCAUUCAGUGAAUGUCAGAAUGGGCAUUUUUUAUUUUCAAAUUAUUUUCAUUUGUGACUCUCUGUACAUACAGUUUCAAAUUGUUGUAUUUCAAAAUCACUGUAUUUGCUCUAUCAGAAGUGUACUUGCAUAAGCACCCUGUGCCAUCAUCUGGCAUCAAAACUAGAGCCUAUGCACUUGUCCCAGACAGGCAUAUUUCAGCUGGGACAGGUAAAUGUACAAACUACCUGAUGUCUAGAAAAUUGCCUGGAGUAUUUUUAAGAGCUUAUAAAAUGAUUAAAGCCAGAAAUCAAAAUCUUUUUCAAAUAACAUGUCUUGCUCAGGACAUCAAUUUGGAACAGGCACUUUUAUCCACCAACCAUUGGACAGGCAACUUUAAUUCCUGCAUCAUCCAUAGGGUUAUUAAUAUAUAUAGCUUAUUGUUCAUGCGCUUCUAAUGGAGCACACACAGCAUGAAUUUUAUAUUCUCCCACAUUUGAGGGAGCUUACUAGACUAUGGAUUGUUUAUUUCAGUCGUUUUCUAUAAGAUGUAAACAUUAUUUUACUAUCAUUCCUGUGUGUAUAAGUGGAAAAACUACUAUGAAUGCAGCAUGAGUGAUUAAUGCAUCCUGCUGCAGACUUGCAUUGUAGCUACAAAUUUUAGCAAAUUAAUAAUUUUAUUCAUUUGUUAAAAUAAAAUUGUUAUAAAGGUUACUUAUGAACUUAGCAAAAUUAAAACGAUUUACAGUACAUAAAAUUAUUGAGUAGCUUUAUUUGUGUGCUGCAACUACUGUAUUUGCUCUGUACGUUAGAUGCGAUUCUGUAAUAAAAGUGCAUCACAGCCUGAAAAACUUA